UUGCCCUUGAUAUUACGUACAUAUUUGAUUUUGGAUUGAAGAGCGCUCUCUAUUGGUGAUUUUCUGCAUCUCUCUCCAGAAUUAUCUUCUCCUCUUUCUUGUCAAAAAACUCACCUAAGUUCUCACUUCACUGUUAUUUGACCCCCUCUCUUUCGUUGGUUUGUUCUUGGUGAUGUUUGCAUUCUCGAUCACAAGAACUGAACUCUCCCGCAAAGUUUCAUACGAGAUGGCAAGUGGAAGCAAGGGAUUUCUUACCUGAGGAAAAAUAUAGAAAAGGCUUCCAAGGAUGGAAUCUGUGGCAGGUCCUGAUGUUGGGAAUGUGAAAUCUACAAAGAUGAAAGCUCCUGUAUCACGUGGGACGAGAAUAAGUAGUGAGGCAAAUUCAUUUUCUCGGUCACGUGGUGCUAUAUUUGGAAAAGGUUCUCCUUCAAAGUGCAAAACAACUGAUUUAGAAUGGAUAGAUAAAAUGACUGAGUGUCCUGUGUAUCGUCCAUCAAAGGGGGACUUUGAGGAUCCUCUAGUUUACCUGAGAAAUAUUGCUCCAGAAGCUUCAAAAUAUGGAAUUUGCAAGAUUGUUUCUCCUCUGAUUUCUUCAGUUCCAGCCGGCGUAGUGCUAAAAAAUGAUACAAAAGGUCUUAGGUUUGCAAGUACAGUGCAACCUCUUCGGCUUGGUGAAUGGGAUAUGGUUGACAAAGCCAUUUCCUUCACGAGAGGAAGAAAGUACACCUUACAGGAUUUUGACAAGAUGGCAAACAAGGUAUUUGCUGGUAAAUAUUUUAUCUCUGGAUGUCUUCCUUCUGCAUACUUGGAAAGAGAAUUUUGGAACGAAAUUGCCCAUGGUAAGAAAGGAACAGUUGAGUAUGGAGCUAAUGUGGACGGCAGUGCAUUUUCAAGUCAUCCUCAUGAUCAACUUGGAAGAAGCAAAUGGAACUUGAAGAAACUUCCACGGCUGCCCAAAUUUACAUUGCGUUUGCUGGAAACUGCAAUUCCGGGAAUAACAGAUCCCAUGCUUUACAUUGGAAUGCUAUUUAGUAUGUUUCCAUGGCAUGUGGAAGAUCAUUACUUGUACAGCAUUAAUUACCACCACUGUGGUGCACCCAAAACAUGGUAUGGAGUUCCUGGUCAUGCUGCUCCCGAAUUUGAGAAAGUUGUACAACAUUAUGUUUAUAGUGAUGAUAUCCUAUCAAUUGAUGGAGAAGAUGGAGUUUUCGACAUGCUUGUGGAGAAAACAACGAUGUUUCCUCCGAAUAUUUUGCUACAACAUGACGUCCCUGUUUAUAGAGCUGUGCAAAUGCCAGGGGAAUUUAUAAUCACCUUUCCCAGAUCAUAUCAUGCAGGAUUUAGUCAUGGCUUUAACUGUGGUGAGGCAGUUAACUUUGCAAUUGGUGACUGGUUUUCAUUUGGGGCAGCUGCUGCCAAGCGUUAUGCGCUUCUUGAAAGGAUGCCAAUUGUUCCUUAUGAAGAGCUUGUUUGUAAAGAAGCAAUGCUUCUUUCAAAUUCUUUGAAUCGUGCAGAUUAUUGCUUUGCAGAUCCAAUCUCUCUCGAUUGUGUAAAGGUUUCUUUUGCAUGCCUGAUACGGUUGCAUCAUUGUGCCCAUUGGUGUCUACAGAAAUUAGGAGCAUCUCCGAGUGUUUCACCAGAUUCUCAAGGAACCAUUUUUUGUAGCCUCUGCAAACGGGACUGCUACGUGGCACACAUCACGUGCAACUGCUAUAUCAAUCCCAUUUGCCUUUUCCAUGUGGUAGAGUCCUGCAACUGCCCAUGUGGGAACAAGCGUUUUCUUUUCCUUAGAGCAGAUGUAUCCGAAAUGGAAGCUUUAGCAAAAGAAUUUGAGCAGGAGGAAGGAAUAUUACAGAAGGUUCAGCAACAAGUAAAAUGUGACACUGACGUGUGGAUGUGGAAGAUGAUCCCUCGCACGAAUGAGGAAUACAGCCCCUAUUGUGAGACUUCUGUUCAGCAUCUUGACAGACUGAACGAGCUUGACUGUGAAGGAAGAUGUAGUGUAGAAACUACUGCAUGCGAAGAUGAUAACGAUGACAUGAGAAGUUGUCUCAUAAAAAAAAAUGUCCAGGCUGAUGUUAUAACAGCUAUGAAGAGUGGGGCAAAAUGUGGUAAAGUGAAAGGGCCAUCAUUUUCUGAGGUUAAAAAGCGAGCUAGAUCAAGUCGUAGACCACAGAAGAUGGAAACUAAUUCCAUCAAGAGAUAAAUGAAGCGGUAUUAAUUCUGAAAGAAGCAAAAGCAUUUAACUAGCUGACUACAAAAAUACUGAAAGGUUGAGAUCUAUGGGGUUGGGGGGCACUUUCUUUUGUUCUUCUAAACUUUUUCUUUCGUCCUGAAAUGUUAGAAAUCACAGUUAUAAGAGGGUUCCCUUAAUAGAUUUGCUACAGUAGUUGAUUCUUACCAUCUCUAGGAUAGCCUGUUGCUUCAAUUUCUAUAUUCUUCGUUCUUCUGUAGCAACCAAAGAUUGCAUCUUUUGUAUAGCAUUACAUAGAGAAUAUUGUACAACAAUGCUUUCAUUAAAAAAGAGCUGUGUCAUUCUGUGGUU